GAGAGAAGAGAGAGAAACAAACCAAUCUGAUUGCCGCAUCGGAAUCCAACUACUCAUCAAUUGAGUCAGACUACAACCACAGUCCCGCUAGUGCGAAAUAUACCCAUUACCCACUUACGUAUCCUUCUUCCAUUUAUUACAGAACCCAAAACGACUCUCUCUCUCUCUCUGUGUGUGUGGAAUCACAGCAAGCAGCCAAUGGCGUUUGCUGCUACAAUCUCUCAUUGUUCGCGUAGCCUCUCGUCCAAUGCAUUUUCCCGUGAUACCAAUGCGUCUAAGAAGAUACACCCAUCAGCUCUUUCUCUCCCACAUUGCUCUCGGAUCUCCAAAAUGGAUUCUAGUUGUCAUGGGACUAUAAGGAAGUUGUCAACCUUUCACAUUUGUGCUUCAGUUGCAGAUGUUGUGCGAGAAACACCUAUUGAAAAAGUUCAGCUUCCCAAAGGUGAAACCUGGUCUGUUCAUAAAUUUGGUGGUACUUGUGUGGGAAGCUCAGACAGAAUACGGAAUGUUGCGGAGAUAAUACAAAAUGAUGAUUCAGAAAGAAAGUUGGUGGUUGUGUCUGCAAUGUCUAAGGUGACAGACAUGAUGUAUGAUCUAAUCGACAAGGCACAGUCCAGGGAUGAUUCCUAUAUAGCUGCAUUGGAUGCUGUUCUAGAAAAGCACAGGUUAACAGCACUUGAUCUACUUCAAGUGGAUGACCUUGCUAAUUUCUUAUCACGGUUACAUCAUGACAUCGAUAACCUUAAAGCAAUGCUUCAUGCAAUAUAUAUAGCUGGUCAUGCUACAGAAUCUUUUACAGAUUUUGUAGUUGGACAUGGAGAGUUGUGGUCUGCUCAGAUUUUGGCAUCUCUUGUCAGGAAGAACGGGACAGAUUGCAAUUGGAUGGAUGCAAGGGAAGUCCUUAUUGUUAGUCCUGCUGGUUCUAACCAUGUUGAUCCAGAUUACCUGGAAUCUGAAAAAAGACUUGAGAAAUGGUUUUCACAAAAUCCAUCUCGGACAAUCAUUGCAACUGGUUUCAUAGCCAGCACACCUCAAAAUAUUCCUACAACUUUGAAAAGAGAUGGAAGUGACUUCUCUGCAGCUAUAAUGGGUGCUUUGUUCAGGGCAUGCCAAGUCACAAUUUGGACAGAUGUUGAUGGUGUUUAUAGUGCAGAUCCCAGAAAAGUUAGUGAGGCUGUGGUACUGAAGACCUUGUCUUAUCAAGAGGCCUGGGAAAUGUCAUAUUUUGGGGCUAAUGUUUUACAUCCCCGGACUAUCAUUCCAGUGAUGCAGUACGAGAUUCCAAUUGUUAUAAGAAACAUCUUCAAUCUCUCAGCGCCCGGCACAAUGAUAUGCCGGUCUUCGGUCAAUGAGUUGGAAGAGGGCCAAAGAUUGGAAUCUUCUGUCAAAGGAUUUGCGACAAUAGACCAUUUGGCCCUUGUAAAUGUCGAGGGUACUGGAAUGGCAGGUGUUCCUGGUACUGCUAGUGCAAUUUUUGCUGCAGUGAAAGAUGUAGGAGCUAAUGUUAUCAUGAUAUCACAGGCUAGCAGUGAGCAUUCUGUGUGUUUUGCCGUCCCCGAGAAGGAAGUAGGAGCUGUUGCUAAGGCUUUAGAAUCUAGAUUUCGUCAAGCUCUGGAUGCCGGACGUCUUUCUCAGGUUGCAGUCAUCCCAAACUGUAGCAUUUUGGCAGCAGUAGGCCAGAAGAUGGCUAGUACUCCUGGAGUCAGUGCCACACUUUUCAAUGCACUGGCAAAGGCCAAUAUUAAUGUCCGUGCUAUAGCCCAAGGUUGCUCAGAGUACAAUAUCACUCUAGUUGUCAAACGAGAAGACUGUGUGAGGGCCCUUAGAGCGGUUCACUCAAGAUUCUAUCUCUCUAGGACCACGAUAGCAAUGGGUAUUAUUGGGCCUGGACUGAUUGGUAGCACCUUGCUUGACCAGCUCAGGGAUCAGGCAGCAGUGCUCAAGGAAAAGUUUAAGAUUGAUUUGCGCGUCAUGGGUAUCACGGGCUCAAAGACUAUGCUUCUGAGUGACACAAGUAUUGACUUAACUAAAUGGAGAGAACUUCAAAAGGAGAAAGGAGAAGUCGCUGACUUGGAGGAAUUUGUUCGAAAUGUGCAUGAGAAUCAUUUUAUCCCAAAUACUGUGUUGGUAGAUUGUACAUCAGAUUCUAGCCUUGCAAGCCAUUACUGUAACUGGUUACGAAGAGGAAUCCAUCUUAUUACCCCAAAUAAAAAGGCAAAUUCAGGACCGCUUGAUCAGUAUUUGAGGUUGAGAGCUCUUCAACGGAAGUCCUAUACGCAUUACUUCUAUGAAGCUACUGUUGGAGCCGGUCUUCCAAUCAUUAGCACUUUACAAGGUCUCCUUGAAACUGGGGAUAAAAUACUGCGGAUCGAAGGCAUUUUUAGUGGGACUCUGAGUUACAUUUUCAAUAACUUUAUUGGAACGCGAGCUUUUAGUGAGGUGGUGGUAGAGGCAAAAAAGGCAGGUUAUACUGAGCCUGAUCCGAGGGAUGAUUUAUCUGGAACAGAUGUAGCCAGAAAGGUGAUAAUUCUUGCCAGAGAAUCUGGUCUAAAGCUAGAACUCUAUGAUAUCCCUGUUCAAAGUCUUGUGCCAGAGCCAUUGAGAGGCUGUGCAUCAGCUGAGGAAUAUCUCAAGCAACUGCCUCAAUAUGACCAUGAUAUGUCUAGGAAACGUAAGGAUGCUGAAGAUCAAGGGGAAGUGUUGAGAUACGUUGGGGUGGUGGAUGUUGCUAAUAAAAAAGGGACGGUUGAAUUGGGAAGAUACAAGAAAGAUCACCCGUUUGCGCAGCUUUCAGGGUCCGACAACAUCAUCGCGUUCACCACUGAAAGGUACAAGCAACAGCCUCUGAUAGUCCGUGGGCCUGGUGCUGGUGCCCAAGUCACGGCCGGUGGGAUCUUCAGUGAUAUUCUACGGCUUGCAUCGUAUCUCGGCGCCCCAUCAUAAUAGCAGUGUUCUUUAGCCGUGACCAAUUUGGUAGAGUAUCUUUCUUCUUGUUCCAAGCCCCAGGUCUCACUCAUGUUUCAGUCUGUCCGCGUUUGUGGAGGUUGUGCCUUGGCGUUUGUCGGUUAAUUAGUCCUUGUAUUAGCCUCUGCAGUCUUAACUGUGUUCUUGGCUGUAAUUUGCUUAGCUUACGUGGGAAAUGCCAUAUAUUGCAAUACUAAAAUAAACCGAAUUGGAAAGAGGUGAAGCAUAUUUUGCUAAUGCUCUUGGGAAGCCAAUGGAAAUGGAAGGUGGCACUACUUUAACAAA